UUUAAAAGUCAAUGUCUGAGCAGCACAGAGAGCUUUUGUAAAAAGCUCCACAAUGGAGCUCUCAAAGCACCUUGUCAGGGGGAAAAGUCGAGACAGGAGAAUGGUUGAAAGACAUUUGUCCGAACCCGUGCUCGUAUAAAACCUCAUUUCUCAGCCACAUGCUUUAGUCACCUGCUGAAGAGACAUGAGCGUCCUCUGACAUCCAGGUGUUUUCUUCUUAAGGUGAGCAAUUUUCCCCCACAAAAACAAACGCUUACUUUUUAUUCUGAACGAUGCUGUAAUAUCUGAAUAAUAUAUGUUUUUUCUGCAGUAUCUCAUUAUGGCUUCAUUUGGUGCUCUUUUGAUGGUGUUGCCUGUUGCACUGACAUGUGCGCCACAAAAAGCAGACUAUGUUGUGGUGUCAUGUUUCCCAAACGCCAUCAUUGCCAACGUCCCCGAGUGUCCUUACGGCUGGGAAAUAGAGCAGCUGUCCCUGGGUGGGGUGUGCUACACGGGAAUUCACAGUCCAGGUUAUUAUCGCUUCAUCAUCCCAGACCUGACACCCAGAAACCACUCGUACUGCGGCACACAAUCUGAGUACAUGCCAGGCAAAGACCCCAAGUACAUCUUCUAUAACUCCAUCGUGUCCAACGACACUUCUCUGACCGUCAGGAACCAGCCGGUCAACUACACCUUCAGCUGCAUGUACCGAGCCGCCUACCUGGUAAAUAACGCCGUCUUCAGCCAGAGAGUCGCUACAGUUUAUGUCAACAAUGGGAGUUUAGGCACUUUUAGGUCACAGUUAUCUUURAACGUGUUCACGAACUCCAAGUUCUUGUACGCUAAAGAUGCUCCUUAUGUGAUCGACACAUCUGAGAUCGGCUCUGAAGUUUUCAUCGGCAUCGAGGCAAAAGGUCUAAGUAAUAGGUUUAAAGUAGUGAUAAACAACUGCUGGGCCACACCCACUCCRUACUCAACAGACAGGAAGAAGUGGAUUCUCAUCAUCAACAGCUGCCCUGCUGACAACACUGUGACCAUCUUCGACAACGCCAAAGACAGCCGCUCCACCUUUAAGUUCAACUCGUUCCGUUUCCAGCGGCUGGAGAAAGUUUCCACCGUCUGGCUUCACUGUGAAAUCCAGAUCUGUGAUGCAGAGAGACUCAUCUGUCAGCCUAGCCCCUGCACCGUGAGGUCUCUGUCAUCAGAGGUUGACCCAAAUGGGGGGAUCCUGUCUGCUGAGUUUCAGAUUAAAGGUCGCAGCUCCUCUAAUAAUGGCCACGUCACAGGAACUUCACUGUUCAUCCUGCUUCUGGUCCUGAUGAACAUGUGCUGGGAUUUAGCACAUGGAGCAAAAAUGUAGUGAAAGAUUAUGUCAUUAUAUAAACACAAAGAGACGGAGCAAGACUCAGGAKCCAUUCCUCCCCAGCUUCAUCUUUUCAUCGUUUCACACAGUUUGUAUUUAGCACAGGGCUUUCACAAUCUGAUUUAUAUGUAAGUGUACUUUUUACGCCAAUAAAAACAGUUUCCCCUCCUUUAA